AUGUUUAUUUCGAAGCAUUAUCAAACAUUCUCUUCCGAAAAAAAUACCGAUCAAGAUGUCUUGGUGAGCAGGCGCGACGGCAUUACGAACAAAAGAGUCAUCUCGUUGUUGAAAAGAGAUGGUGAUCACUACACUUUUGUCGAUCAAUACCUACCGACAUUUUUGAACGAAAUGUUCGGUCACGUUAGGUUGAUCGGCCCUUGUAAUGGGAUCGUUUGUCUUUACGGAUUUCCCGACAACAUUGCGCUGUGGAAUCCGAGCAUUCGAGAUUUUAAGAAACUACCUUUAUCCUUAGUGUCACGCCCUCAUAAUGCUAAAGUACGAGGAGGUGAUGUUGGAGUCGGUUUUGAUUCCAAAACUCGCGAUUUGAAGGUACUGCAAAUCUUGUUCUGUGUUUCCCAGGAAGAUCGUCUUAUUUACCAUGUUGAGAUAUAUUCGUUAGGAACAAAUUUUUGGAGGAAAUACAAAGGUAUUGUGCCGGCAAACAUUAUGUACCAUAAUCUUUGGAGCAUGGUGUACAAGGAAGGAACGUUUUGUUGGUGGGCUCAAGAAAAAAACGUCGAGGUGAUUCUUUCAUUCGAUAUGAGCAAUGAGGUAUUCCAAACGACGCCUUUGCCAUCUAAUAUCGAUGAUGUUAUAGGAGAACAACAUAAAAUUAGUACUAGAGCAAUUAUGCCGUUGAAAGAAUCGCUUGUGAUGGUCGUGUAUUGCCCCCAAGUACUCAACAAAGUUUUUGACGUGUGGGUUAUGAAUGAACUCGGAAGGGAUGGAGAAUCUUGGAGUAAGAUAGCAAGUAUUGGCCCUCUUUCGAGAGUCGAGAGGCCGUUAAGAUUUUGGAACAACGAUGAUAUCAUUUUCGAGAGUAACAUCGGAGAACUGGUCGUAUAUGAUCGUGUCGAUGAAGACAUCAAAAACCUUGAAGUUUAUGGUAAACGAAGUAGAUUGGAGGUACUUGUUUAUAAGGAGAGUCUAUUUCCCCUCAAUGAAGCUUGUGUAAGUAAGUAA